AUGCUCGCCCCUGCUACCAUCCGAACGGCGGUCCGAGCCUCGCGGGCUCCCCGCCUCGGCGCUCUCUCUCUGCCUGCUGCACGUCAGUUCCAAAGCACUUGGGCCAACGUCAAGGCUGGUCCUCCCGAUGCCAUUCUCGGUGUCACUGAGGCCUUUAAGCGCGACCAGGACCCCCGCAAGAUCAACCUCGGUGUUGGCGCUUACCGCGACGAGAACGGCAAGCCCUACGUGCUCCCCUCGGUGCGCAAGGCCGAGGAGCUCGUCAUCACCGCCAAGGGUGACAAGGAGUACCUGCCUAUCACCGGUCUCGCCGACUUCACCAAGAACGCCGCCGUGCUCGCUUACGGCAAGGACAGCGCUCCCAUCAAGGAGGACCGCAUCGCCAUCACCCAGUCCAUCUCCGGUACCGGUGCCCUCCGCAUCGGCGGUGCCUUCCUGCAGCGCCACUACCCGGGCGCCAAGACCAUCUACCUGCCUACGCCUUCGUGGGGCAACCACACGCCCAUCUUCCGUGACAGUGGUCUCGAGGUCAAGCAGUACCGCUACUACGACAAGAACACCGUCGGUCUCGACUUUAAGGGGAUGGUCGAGGACCUCAAGGCCGCUCCUGCCGGCUCGAUUGUGCUGCUGCACGCCUGCGCCCACAACCCUACCGGUGUUGACCCUACCAUUGAGCAGUGGAAGGAGCUGAGCAACGUGGUCAAGGAGAAGGGCCACUUCCCCUUCUUCGACAUGGCCUACCAGGGCUUUGCCAGCGGUGACACGGACAAGGACGCCUUUGCCGUGCGUCACUUUGUCUCCGAAGGCCACCAGAUCGCGCUCUCGCAGUCGUUUGCCAAGAACAUGGGUCUGUACGGUGAGCGAGUGGGAGCCUUCUCCGUGGUCACUGCCGACCCCGAGGAGCGUGCGCGCGUCGACAGCCAGAUCAAGAUCAUCGUCCGCCCUCUCUACUCGAACCCUCCCAUGCAUGGUGCCAAGAUCGCGGGCACCAUCCUGGCGGACCAGCAGCUGUACCAGCAAUGGCUGGGCGAGGUCAAGGGCAUGGCAGACCGCAUCAACGGCAUGCGAUCGACGCUCAAGGACCUGCUGGUUCAGGACCUCAACUCGAAGCUCAACUGGGACCACAUCACCAACCAGAUUGGUAUGUUUGCCUUCCUGGGCAUCUCGCCGGAGCAGGUGGCCAAGCUGGUCAACGAGCACCACGUCUACCUCACGGGCGACGGCCGUAUCUCGGUUGCUGGCAUCACCAACCAGAACGUUAAGCACCUCGCCGAGUCCCUGCACAAGGUUACCAGCUAG